AUGGAUCUAAACAAUGACACUUUCCUCGUUACCUUUGGAGACGAACAAGAUUAUCUCUGGGCUCUUACCGGGGGACCAUGGGUCAUACUAGACCACUAUCUCAUUGUUCAUCAGUGGUCUCCAAAUUUUCGUACAGAUAGCAAGCCCCACCUUUCAGUGGUAUCGUCGGUUCUAUUUCCGGAACUGCCUGUACACUUCUAUCAUAGAGAGGUUCUCUUUGCUUUGGGUAAUCUGGUCGGCAGAACAGUCAAAAUUGAAUACCAUACAAAAACGCUGCAACGAGGAAAGUUCGCUCGGCUUGCGAUUGAGCUUGACAUGACAAAGCCACUGCCCACUCGAGUCCGCUUGGAUGGAUUUUGGCAACCAAUCGUCUAUGAGAAUCUUCCACACAUUUGUUUUAAAUGUGGGUGGAUCGUUCAUUUGGUGGAAUCAUGUCCGAAAACUACUCCUGUCCUACAGCAAGCAAUCAUCCUCCAUCCAAACUCAGACGCAGCUCAGGUGCCGCCGGUGACCGACUCGCCGGAACCUCCCUCGGGAUACGGCCCGUGGAUGCAAGUGAUUCGUAAAUCUCGCAAACAUUCCAAAAAAGAUGCAGUCAAUCAAGGAAAUCAGGCAAACCUUCCUUCAAUAGUAGGCACUAAUUCGGGUCGUGCCUCCGCCAAAUCUGGGGGAAAAGGGAAAGUCGAAUCCCAAAAGACAACGGCUGCAAUGGAAACAAAAGGAAAGAAGGAUUUGGCGAUGGGAAGUAAAAAGGGAAACUCCAACAGUCAUAAAGGAAAAGCUCCAGCCACGGAAAGAUUGACUAUAAAUGGCGAGCAUACUGAAAACCUCAUUCAAGAAUGGAGACCAGUGGACUCUAAGGAGGCCUCUUCCAGUAAAGCCCAAACCAAGAGUGCGACAGCCCAUACUUCGGUUCAGUCUUCCCCUUCUGCGACUAAUAGUCAGGGAGCCCAACUGAUCUUGGGCCCGAACAAUACUAAGAUUCAUGUGCUAUCUGUUCCAGACCUCCAGACGAAUCUAAAGGAUAACACUGACCCAAACUCAAACUCCUCGUCUAUUCGUCAAUGUUAUCGAAAGAAGCAACAAGAUCAGGCUCCGGUUCCAGAUAAGAUGAUAGACCGAUAA